GUGGGACGGACUGUGUUUGCGAUAUGAGCGCUGACGGUCUUCAGUCCGCCCUGAAACGUCGUCGAUACCCGCCGGUGUGUGGUUGUAGUGCCUAUGGAAAACAACUCUACAGAUCACUACAGAUGCCAUGACAUCGUUGACGUGGAGUCCGGGAAACCCCUCACCUCGGCGGUGAUGUUCUCUGCUGGUGUGUUGGGUAACAUCGUGGCUCUGGUGCUGUUGGAGGUCCGACGCAGGAAAAGCAGUGCGUCCCUGUACCAGAUCCUGGUGACUGCGCUCCUUCUGACGGACCUUCUGGGCUCCGUGUCUGUCAGCCCCGUGGUUCUGUCAGCUUAUGCUCAGAAGAAAACUCUGGUGGGGAUGAGUGCCAACAAGGAAAUGUGCUCCUACUUUGGCUUCAGUAUGACCUUCCUAAGCCUCUCCACGCUGGCUCUCUUGUGCGCAAUGGCGCUUGAGCGCUACCUCUCCAUUGGCUACCCCUAUUUUUACGAAGAGCACCUGAGCAAACGCUGUACUUAUAUCACUCUUUUGCUCAUUUACAUAAGCAGCAUCAUUUUCUGCAUCCCUCCCCUCCUGGGUUUCGGUGCAUAUGUGCAGUACUGCCCAGGGACCUGGUGUUUUCUGGAGAUGGGACACACGGAUGGAACGGAUAAAGUUUACAUCGGAUUGUAUGCGUCAUUCAUCCUCCUUAUAAUCUCCACCACGAUUGUGUGCAACAUAUAUGUUAUUUGCCUCCUGGUGAUGAUGCACAGACGGGGCAAAAUGCGUCGUUGCGGCCGCAGAUCUCGCUCCAUGACGGAGGAAUUGGCGCAUCUCCUGCCGCUUGCGUUGAUCACUGUGUUCUACAUCUGCUGCACCUUCCCUUUAGUGGUCCGGGUCUACAUCAAUCUCACUGGCAGCAAUGAGGAGUGUCAUGCAGCUGACCUCAGAGCUCUCCGUUUCCUGUCACUUCACUCCAUCAUUAAUCCCUGGGUCUUCAUCAUCCUCCGCCCAUCUGCUCUGAAAAUCAUCUGGAGGAAGUUGCACAAACUGCAGACAUCCACAUCGACUGGUCAGUCCACAGAAGCAGCAGACCGUGUGUCCUCUGUGCCCUCCGCAUUGGCCUUGGUGAGACGCUGCAGGAGAACCUGGGAGCGGGCCCGCCAGAACCUCCUUCGGCAGUCCAAGUCCUACAAGGCAGCCGCGGAUCGCAAAAGGACCCCUGCCCCACACUAUCGCAGCGGCCAAAGAGUGUGGUUAUCCACCAAGAACCUGCCUCUUCGGGUGGAAUCCAAGAAGCUCGCCCCCACACUGUCAUGAUCUUUCACCUCUGUUAAGUAUCUUGUUGUUUCUCCCUUCAUGUUCCAUGUCUUGUCUUGUUUUAUUUUAAAUCACUCACCCUUGGUUAGUUUUGUUGAAAAGGCAUUAGAAAAGAAUGAAACAAAAGGUAGUUCCAUAAUUUGAUUCCUUUGAGUGAAAUACAGAGAUAUUUGGUGUUAGUUUCAUCUAAAUGUUAAAUAGGUGUAUUCCUCAGGGCAUGCAGUAUUAUGUUAUAUGUUUGUGCUUAAUAAUAUACAUUUUCUUUCAAAAAUAACAAGGCUUAAUCUUAGCGCAAUCAAAGCACCAUUAUUAUUUUAAAUGAUUUGUAUGUCUGAAAAGUACAAAUUACAUUUUGCAGUAGGUGGACAUAACUGAACAAUGAUCCUCCAUUAUUUUGCUACAGAAAUACAAUACAUUGUAUUUCUGUAGCAAAAUAAUGGAGGAUCACUGUAAUCUGAGGAGGAACUUCUUUGCCAACUAUUUGCAGUUGCAUCAAUUCAUACACAAAAUAAUGAAUCCAUUAUGUAUUGUGCGGUUACAGUUUGGUAAAAAAGUCAUGUUUCUUUAUGAGGGCCCACUUUACCUCUUCU